AUGAGCUCUCCUUCUAACAGCCUCCAUGAAAUUUACCUUCCUAGCUUUAUUGAGCUUUUACUAAACGGAGGUAAUGUUGUCGCCAACUACUUGGAAAGCAUUAGGCUUGCAUGUAACCCCGAAACAUUCAACUUUGGCUUACGACUCCUGUCAACUGUCGCUCCUUACCACCCAUUCCCAUCUUUUGCAGCGGCGCUCUUCUACGCUGUAUCUCCUCUCGAGGGGGUAGCAAUUACUGCUCGAGAAGAGUUUUGGGAAGUAUUCCCAAACCUUUAUUUUGCUGAAGACGUAGCUGCCGAAGUUAUGAUUCAUAUUGGUGAACUUUCUACCAACGAUGAUCUGGCGUUUUCUAAUCCAUGGUCUAACGUUUACCGCCCUCAAUGCGUUGACCUCUGCUCCUUAGGUAAUGUUUGCAAAGAAUGUUUAUUCUAUUAG